AUGGUGGGCCUCGUAAAGCCGCUGUUUCUGAACACGCUGCUGACUGAGGCGCAGGAUGAACGGCGGCUGCUGACUCUUGUGCUGGAUCUCGACGAGACGCUUGUCAGCAACCGCGACUCCCGUCAGUCAGCCGCCGUGCUACGGCCGUACUGCCUUCACGUACUGAACGCCCUGCGCCACAUGAAGGAGCUGGAGAUUGUGCUGUGGACAGCAUCCACGAAAGAGACGGCGUUGCCGGUGGUGGAUCAGCUGCAUAAGACGGGCAUCAUCUUUGACGACAUCAUCUUCCGCAACAGCAUGUGGUUCACGCAGCCCAUUCACACGAAGGACCUGCGGCUGCUCGGCCGCGACAUGAACCGCGUGCUUAUUGUCGACAACUCCGUCGGCUGCUGCAAGCUGCACCCCCGCAACGCUCUGCUCGUCGAGGACUUCCACGGUGUGAGGCGUCGCGAAGACGCGGCUCUUGUAAAUGUGUACUACGUGGUGGACGCCCUGCUCCGUAUGAUGCGGGAGCGUUCGAUUCCGGUCUCGGAGGGACUGGGCUGCCUCAUGGCAGAGGGGCAGCUGUGCCACCCGGUGAGCUACAACCUUCCUGAGUUCUUCAAGUACAUACCACUGACGGAGGUGCCAGAGCUGAAGCGGCCGCCGGUCGGACGUUUUGUGCGGGCGAACACAGCACCACCAAACACGUCUAUCAUGCAGCAUUGGGUGUAUUAG